AUGACUGCCCCGGAGAGUUCCAUUCAGGCUCUCUACUGGCUCGCAGCCCCCAUGACAGAGUUCCCCUUUAUUGUUCCACGCCCACGCUCUCUCAACGCUUUCCGCACGAUUGAACCGUCUGGCAGUGCAAUCAACGGGAUGGCACAUAUGUACAACGUACCACCGGAGUUCUGCCAAAUGACCAUCAACCCCGCAGACGUCAUGCCUGAUGACACUUACCUUGAGGUCUGGCAUUGUGCAGAGGCGACCAUCCAUUACCGGGAUGGACAAUUCGUUGUUGACGGCGUCAUGGCGGGAGUCAAACCUUUCGUGGUUGGCGGACUGUCUCCGGUGUACCCUCACGUCCUGCAUCAUCCCCGACCUGACACUGCCCAUGGACCCUUGAGCACUAUCGCUCGACAAGCCUCCACUGACGACGUGCAGGAUACUCCUAUGCUUGUCCUCUGGAGAUGUACCCAUGGCACCCUCUUCGUGCAAGCACACGAGGCUUCGGUACCAUCUCCGCCUGGCUCUGCUUCGGCUCCUACAAUUGAGGUUCCCUCUCUUCCUGAGGCUCCUUCUCCUCCUCAGAGCAGCAACGGCGAGCUACAGUCUGUUCGAGUCCGCGACGGCUCCGUCGGCCCUCCCCCGCCCACGGCCCGUCUCACUUCUCCUUGGGCUCCCCCUGCGAACAGCCAAUCUGCCGUGCCGCCGGCCACUAUGCACCCCUCUCUAAGUUUCGCUACCCGCGCUGCCCCAAUAUCACCUGCUGGACGCCCUCUAUCCCGCCCUACACAACCUCAAGCUCCAGCAGCUCCCGGCACGCACCACGCACCCGGUGUACUGCCUUCACUCUCCCCGCGUAUGAUUAAGAAGCUGCAAGACAAAAAACGCCGCACGGUCGACCCGCGCAAGCAUACUUCUAUCGCUCGCUCUUCUGUGUCAGGCUGCAGCACUCUCCAAAGUGGCUUCGCCACCCCGCCACCUCCACCGCCGCCACCGCCGCCUGCCCCUUCGCCCACGGCUAUCCCCAGAUCACCGCCUCCCCCCAUAACUUCGUGUGCCCCGUCGCCUGGUGAUGUACCGAAGCAAACGACGCAGAACGGUCAACGCAACGAACAGACGCCACCCCCGCUCACCCCAGCAGCUUCGUCCAGCCUCACCCCAUCGUCCUCCGCCGCCCCCAGAACUCCCAGCCCCGCCGCACGCGAUGACGCCCCCACGUCCUCAGAGCUCGUAUGCGGCAUCAACAACUGCCAAGACAAGGUCACCCCCGUCAGCUGGGAACCGCACUACAUGCACGCGCACGAGCUGUACGAGAGCAAGUGGAAGCACAAGGCGCUCUGCCCGCACCGCGACUGCUCGGACCCCGCCGCGCUCGCCGCGAAGGCCUCGCGCACGCAGAAGACGACGUUCGGGAGCUGGCAGACGUUCAAGCGGCACGUCCUGCAGGUGCACAUGCCCGGCGGCGGGGCGCACGUCUGCCCGAUCCCAGGGUGCGGGCGGGUGUUCAGCCGGCCGGACGCGGCGCUGCGGCAUUGCGACCGUGCGCACGACGAGCUCGCGGAGAGCGCGCGGAAGCGUGUGAGAGUGGACUGGAUCGGGCGGAUGAAGAAGUCGGCCAAGGUCGCGCGCGCGAAGGGCUCCGUUAGGAAGGUGUCUCGCGCGCAGGCUCCUUCGGUGCUCCAUCCCACGGAGAGCGCCGUUGGCACGUCUCGGAUGGCAGACUCGGAUGAUGAGUACGUCCCGGGCACGGGUGAUGACGAGGACGAGGCCAUGGACAUGGACAUGGACAUGAGCGAUCCGGACGAUUACGACUGAUUCUCGGCGUGUUCACCGACCGCGGAAAGCACGAACGACUAUCCUGAUACACCACUGCCACCUAUCACAUUAUCUGCUCCAAACUAUGCUACCCUCCCCUACUACUCACUAGUAUAUGCCAUUGGACGCCCUCGCCCCCAAGUGCUCUAGCCCCUAUGCUGUACAUCCACU